GACUCGUGCGGGCGGCCAAAGAGAGGGCGGGGCCACAUAUUAAACGAGGGUCCGGAAGCGCUGAUUGGCUAAGAGCGCUGGAAGUCGGAAGCGGCGGAACUCUCCGAGUGGGGCCGAAGAUGGGUCUGGCGGGCGGCGGCGGGCAGCUCUUCCGACGGCUCGGGGCGCUCAGCGGGGCUGCGGCGGUGGGGGCGGCCGCCUACGGGGCUCACGGUUUCCGCCUCAGUGACCGAGAUGACUUCCUGAAAGAGCUCUAUGAAACAGCCAACAAAUUCCACCUCCUCCACAGCCUGGCUCUCCUGGCUGUCCCACACUGCCGGUACCCCAUGGUGGCCGGGACCAUCCUCUCCACGGGAAUGGGGAUGUUUUGCGGCCCCUUCUAUUACCAUGCGGUGACGGGUGACUCCACUUUCUCCAGAGCAGCACCCUUUGGCGGAAGUCUCCUCAUCCUGGGCUGGAUCGCAAUGGCCCCCUGACCCCCACCCCCCACACAACAUGAAGGGGCAGAGGCGUGGUGUCUGAGGCAAAAGGAAGACAUCAGGCAGAGGCUGGCACUGUGACAGGGAGAGUAAUCUUGCUCCCUGUCGAAGGAGGGGACGAGGUCGCCAGGCCCAAAGGUGGCUUCCGGCCCUGUUUUGUAUUCCUUGCCUUUGGAGUGCUCGUUUCUUUGGGCUUUCAAUUAAUACUUUUCUUAAAUCAAAAACUACCUUUAUUGAUGCUACACUGAGGGAAGAAUCAUGUUGAAUUAUCUGCAUUGUCCAAGAGUGGGCCUAUAACGACCAAUGACUUGACCAGUGCUUGAAACUGAUUUAAUAAACGAAUGUGAUCUGA